CACACACACACACGUAGCGUUGCAGGAGAAGAGGACGAUGUGCGGCUGAGUAGCUCAUUCGUAUUUUUGCUGAAUCUGCUAAAUCUACAAACACAUUCCGUCCCUCUAAAUGGAAUUGUUCUAAGGGAAACAGAGAAUGGAGACAUUAGAAGCAUGUGAUCCGUAUAGCCGCCCGGCGCGCAGGACACAAUGGAUAGUGAGCACACUGGCUUACCAUUAUGGACUCGACCGCGGCGUGGAGAACGAGAUCAUAGUCCUCGCCACUGGCCUGGAUCAGUACCUGCAGGAGAUUUUCCAUCACCUGGACUGCCAGGGGGACGGAAAAAUCCCAGUCGAGGAUUUCCAGAUUCUAUGUGAAAUCCUGGGGCUGAAUAAGGAGACCGAGUCGGAAGAGUGCGCGGGGAUUUUGGAUAGCUUGCCGAGCGAGUUCACCUUCCGCCAGUUCCACGCCAAACUGUGUGGCUACUUCAGCACCAAGGCUGGCUGCCACUACGAGGACGGCCGUCUGCUGGUGGGAAGAGAGAGCGAACACAUCGAGACGCAAAUCCGCCUCCGGAGCCCGCUGAGGCGCAGGGAGAAGCUUCUCAGCCCGGGCACCGGGAGGCGCACCAGCGACUCCACGAACGCACCGGAUCAGUACAGUACAGGAUGCAGGCAAGGUUCAUGCACGCGCGAGUGUUAUGAGGACAUUGUGGCUUUGGAGGAAGCGGAGGACAGGAUAGCCAAGCUGGAGGAGGAAAACGCAAGUCUUCGGGAGUUAGUGGAGGACAUGCGUGCGGCCCUUCAGAGCAGUGAUGCGCGCUCUUUGGCUUUACAAGUUGGACUGUGGAAGAGCCAUGUGAAACACAGGCCAGACAGCGGCUGCUUUGUUGCCCAUCAUAAGCGCAUGGCUCAGAAGUCCACCACUCAGGGAAGUAUGAAAAGACAUCAGGACUUCUCAACAGAGACAGAACUGGCCCAGAACUCUGAACAGGUUGAGGAUGUCAUGCUCCUAAACAAGAAGCUGGAGCAGGAGCUGUGUGUUUCUAGGGAGGCUGUGCGGUUGCUAGAGGAAUGCAACAGAACCCUGAAGAAGGAGCAGGUGGAGAUGAGGAAGAAGGUGGAGGAAGCCAGGGAGGCUCUGCUCAGUGGCUUGGGCAAAGUGAAAGAGCUGGAAGCCAAAGCCAGCCAUGUGCCUGUCUUACAAAGACACAUGCAGCAGCUGGAGAUGGAACUUCUGUAUUACAGGGCCGAGGUCCCCAAAUUUCCUGAGUCUAAAGUGUUCAGCAGCACAGAUGAGCUGCAUUACAGGGGCAACAUGCACCAGAGCAGCCGGUGUUGUCUGGACACACAGCGAGAUCGUGGCUCUCCAACAGGUCAUGCAGAGACAAGUCACGACAACAUGGAGGAGCAGCUCUUCCGCUCAGUGGAGGGUCAGGCAGCAUCAGAUGAAGAGGAGGAGAGGUGGACGGGAGAGCAGCAGAGACAAGUGGACGAGGUGAAGAGGAUUCUCACCAGGCUCUCGUGCUGUGGAGACAGGUGUGAUGAGAGGGCUUUGAAGAAGCUGCUGUCUCACUGGGGCGAGUCGUGGGCAGAGGAGAGCCACACUGCUGUUCUGCAGCUGUUGGAGCGAGUGACUCGUCUCCACAAACAGCUGGAGCUGAGAGAGAGCCAGGUCUGGAGAGCUGAGACUGACCCUGAGCAGGUAAAAGACUCAUUAGUGCAGGAGCUACAACAGAAGGCAGAGGAAACAGAACUCCUUCACAGAGAACUGCAGAUGCUGGAGACGGAGAGGGUGCGUCUGUCACUGGUUGAGGAAAAGCUUAUGGAUGUGUUGCAGCUACUCCAGCAGCUCAGAGAUCUGAAUGUUUCAAGGAGAUCCCUUGGCAAGAUCUUACUGAGUACACUGGAGUCUUGCAGUGAUCCGCAUCAUGGGAAGGCUCAUAUUCUGGAGGUGCUGAAUGCUCUUUGUCAUGAAUUGGCUGCAUGUGAGAUUCUCUCAAGCAGUGGAACAUCAGAGAACCCACAGAGUCAUUCUUCACUCACUAACUCCCUUCUCAUCUCCUGCUGAGCAGCUGGCCAAACCGUGAAGGACUUCUUUCUGCAGAGGUGCAUUGUCAGAUGCUUUUCCUCUCUGCUCUCUAUGUUUAGUCUUUUGUAAUUAAUUGUUAAUAUUUCUGUGUUAUGUUUGUCUUCUCUCUGUACAUGAAGAGAUAUUUUGUGUAGCAAGGGCUCUCACUUACCCAGAUAAGCCAAGUCAGACUUGGCUUAAGCUAUUAAGCUGGAAGAAGAAGAUGACACCUUUAUUUGUCACAUAAACAUUACAGCACAGUGACAUUUUCACAUAGCUUAGGAAGCUCUGGUGAGAGUGCAGGGUCAGCCAUGUUAUGGUUCCUCUGAAGCAGAGAAGGUUAAGGGGCCUUGCUCAAGGGCCCAGCAGUGGCAGCUUGAACCUCACACCUUCGAAUCAGUAACCCAGAGCCUUAACCAUUGAGCCACCAUUGCUUGUAAGCUAACCCAGAUAUCCUUAUCUGUGAAAUGAAUUAUUUACUAAUACGUUUAAUAGAGAGUGGCACGAUGAUGCAUUGCCACCUUACAGCUCCAGGGUUCCAUUCUGAUCUUCUCUUACUGUCUGUGUGGAGUCUCUGUAAAUGCUCUCCCCGUGUCAGUGUGCAUUUCCUCUGGGUUCUCAGGUUUUUUCCCACCUCUCAAACACAUGCUAGUAGGUGUAUUCCCUGCCUCAUGCCCAGUGUUCCCGGGAUAGGGUCCGGAUACACCAUAACUCAACCAGGAUACAGAAGUUACUGAGAAUGAGUUAAUUAAUUUAAAGCUAAUUUCUGGACAAAUUUACUGAAAAUACAUCUGGAUUCAUGACCCAGUGCCACAGAAAUGUUAUGUUCUUAUUAUUGUUUACGAAGUGGUAUGUUAUAAUGUUAUUAUUGGUAUAGAACUGUUAGAACACGAUGUUAUAUAUACUGUUAUAUCAUUUGACCACACUUUGUCAAAAACCACUCAGGUACAUUCACCUGUUUAAGGUACACUCCACCCCCCAGCUGUGGAAGUACAAACUGAUUGAUGGACAGGAAAAUAUCUGUUAGCAGUAUCAUACUGUACAUAUACACUCAACUCCAGAAUUAUUGGCAUCCUAAAUGAAAAUGAGCAAACAUGAACAUCAAUAGUUGUUAUGGAAUAGCCUUUAAUUCGACUUCAGGUGCAGAUGGCCAUUACAAAGCAUUGAUUUAGUGUCUGGAAACCAUUUUUGUGUUGUUUUAUAUGAUCAUUAUCUUGGUCGUGUGGUGUGACAUUCUUCAUUCACUGUUGCUCUCAGGUAGGCCUUCAAUCUCUCAGUUCUACAUUGCUUCUUUCUGCAUCCUCCUCACUCUUCCACCGUUUCAUAAAAAUGUUAAACUGCUACAGACUUGAAGGUUUUUAUUAAUAUUGUCUGGACUCUUUAUCCAUGACUUGAGCUGUGCAGAUAAACUGAUUAAGACUUACAAUCUGUCUCUAAAGCUGGAGACGUUGUUCUUCACUAUGCUCAUGGAUGAUUAUUAUGCUGUUUUAUUGUACAUGUUUGUUCAGAGUAACCAUAGGGAAAGUAUGGAAUAAUUUUAAUAAUGACAAUAGGGAUUUAUUUUAAAUAUACUUUUGGAUUGUCAAUAUUUUUAUCACCAUGUUUUUGGAUGGCAAAUAUUUUGUUGCAAUUUCAUUUUGAUGAGAAUUAUUUUUACUUUUGAGGAAAAAUUGGAAAAGUCCUGUGUGGUUUGUACAUUAUAUGUUUUUAUGACUUUUCUUGAGGGAUGCCAAUAAUUCUGGAGUUGAUGGGACGUGUGUAUAGUUUAAAAGCUGCAUUUUUGCCAUUUAACUUUGAAACUACUUUUAGCACUUUUUACUCAUACAGUUUAGCGAGUCACACAUAAAUAUACGUGUGAAAGAUGUAGCAAUAAGCAUCAUGCUUAGAGGUACAGGAGCACAUAACCUCCCAUUUAUGGGCAUUAUUUGUUGUAUUGUCUGAGUAUCCCAGUCUGCAAAUAAAUAAAA